GAGGUCAAAGUUGACACGCAAUUUCCAACAUGGCGGCCCCCUUGGAUGACAUGUUUUCGCGAUGCGUUGAUCCCGGUAAAACUGCUAACUGUGUUGAAGUCCGAUUUAUCGACAAUGUCAAGGGUAAAGGACUGUUCGCCAAGAGACCUUUCAAAAAGGGCGAGACUAUCUUUACUGAACGUCCCCUUGUGUCUGCUCAGUUCUUAUGGAAUGCCUUAUACAAGUAUAAAGCAUGUGAGUAUUGUCUGCGUGCUCUGGAGACUGCAGAGGAAAACGCACGCAGGCUCAGUACUCAACCUGCCCUCGGCCUGCCCCAUCCUGAGCUGUGUAAGGUUCGGCCUGAGCUGCACCAGGCCUGCCCACACUGUCAGGUGAUGUACUGUAGCAGUGAGUGCAAGCAGGCUGCGUGGGAUCAGUAUCACCAGGUCCUGUGUCUGGGCCCUUCACUUCAUGAUCCUGAUCAUCCAAUCAACAAGCUGCAGGACGCAUGGAGGAGUGCACACUAUCCUCCAGAAACCUCCAGCAUCAUGCUAAUGGCCAAAAUGGUUGCUGUUGUCAAGCAGGCUCAAGAUAAGGGGCGCUGGCACAGGCUGUUUUCCCACUUUUGCAGUCGUGCAGCCAAUGAGGAGGAGGAAAUAGCACACAAACUGCUAGGAGAAAAGUUCCAGGGCCAACUGGCUUUGCUGCGUACCCUUUUUACUACAGCACUCUAUGACGAUCACCUCAGUCAGUGGUUCACUCCAGAUGGCUUUCGCUCUCUUUUCGCACUCAUCGGGACCAACGGGCAAGGCAUCGGCACCAGUUCCCUCAGCCAGUGGGUUCAUGCCUGUGAUGCACUGGAGCUUCCUCACCAGCAGAGGGAGCAGCUGGAUGCCUUUAUUGACCAGUUAUACAAGGACAUCGAUAAAGAAACGGGUGACUUCCUCAACUGUGAAGGAUCCGGUCUCUUCCUACUUCAGAGCUCAUGUAACCACAGCUGCAUACCGAACGCGGAGGCGUCCUUCCCCGACAACAACUUUCUGCUUCACCUGAGCGCCCUGAGUGACAUCAGCCCUGGCGAGGAAAUCUGCAUCAGCUACUUGGACUGUUGCCAACGAGACAGGAGUCGUCAUAGCCGGCACAAGAUCCUGAGAGAGAACUACCUGUUCGUAUGCUCGUGUCAGAAGUGCAUGGCCCAGAUGGAUGAUGCGGAUCUGACCUCAGAAGACGAGGACGAGGGGGAAGGAGAGACAGAAGGGGAUGAGAUGGAGGACGAGAUGACGGACGUGUGAUGAAGAUCGGGUUUUGGGUUUCACCAUUUCCCCACCAUUUCAUACCUGUAUUUUUGUGGACAAUUACACUUUCAUAUCAUCAUGAAAAAAAAAAAAGGCACUCGGGUCAACAUAACGAGUCUGCAGCUCUGUUCAUGCAGUAGGAGAGUAAGCUCUUGGCUAUGCAAAGCGUUUUGUCUCACUUUUACACCUUUAAUUCCCAUCACAUUAGUGGUGCCAAGAAUGCUUCCAUUUUCAUUCCUUCAGACUGAUCUAUUCCGCCUUUUUAUUAUAACAUAUUUCAUCUAUGCACUAACAUUUUUGGUAUAUUAUGAUGCUCUAACCCAGCAUGAAGUCUUGCAAAGACAAAAUAAUCCACAUUUCAUCAGCCUUUCUAGACUGUAGACACAACAAACCAGCCAUGUGAUGUCUUCACCAAUAUUUUAGUUUAUUGGCUCAAAAAUAAGUGUUUGCUUUUGCUUGAAGAAGGUCGGGCGUUCUUAACCUCCUUAGACUCUCAGAAUCUGUCAGCUGCUCUAGACUUAUAUUCCUCAAUCUCUUAACUACAGUACCCUCCAGUGUUAUUUGCACCCUUCAUAAAAAUGAGCUUAAAUGAGUGUAUAAAAAAAAAAAAGAACCUUAAACACAGUAAUUCAAACUUUUCCCUCCAACGAUGACUAGGAACUAUUGAUCUUUGUUCUGGCCGUAAGCAAUCUUUAAAAUAAAUGCAAACCAAUUAUCAUUCUUAUUUUUUAUUUUCAUUUUUAUCUCAGUUCUCCAGGACCGAUGUUGUUCCCUUUAACCAUGUCUUGUUUCCCUGGGGUCUAAAUAGUAUGCUGCACACAAACAUAAUAUUGGUAAAACCCUAACAUAAAAUCCUUUAGUUAUCAAUUAAUCAAUUACCAUUGGGAAGAAACCAAAGAACCUGAACACAGUAGGUUGUUGCCUUGCACAAAUCAGGUAACAGAUAUAAAAUACAUUUGUACAGUUAGAAAUGCAUUAAGUGGAAUUAAGGCUAUAAGAAUGUUUAAUAUGUCUGAAAGUGUUUGAAAUUAUCCAGGAAUUGGACCCAUGUACACACACUAUCCCCACACAGUAAUGAGGAUGGUGAAGGAAGUAAAAAGUGCCCAUAGAUCACAGUUUUAAAAUUUCAAAGCCCUUCCUAGUAUCCUUCUACAAGUGUUUCCAAACUUUGUUAAAUAUUACAGGAAGAGACUCAGUCCUGGAAUUCUCUAGGGCAUGAGUCACAAAAUAUUAAUUUUAAGGGUGCUGAUAAUUUUUAAACCAAUAUUUUGAAGAAAAAAAACACACUCCUUUAAACCUACUUAUUGCAUGUGCUGUAUUCAUUUUAGCACAUUCAUUUUUUUUUUUAAUGGGGUGCCAAUAAUUAUGGAGGACACUGUACGUACAUUUCUUAUUCGUUUCACCAUAGUUAUUGAAUAAAAGUUUACUAAUUGAUUGUUAUGCCAGAUGCUAUGAAAGUACAUGUAAAUGAAUAACUCAUUAUACUAUCCAAAUAGUACGCUUUAAGACUGAACAGCGAGCCGAGAGACAUUACGGAGUUUAUCAAUUAGACGUCACAGUAAACAGUUGCAGCUCUGCCAGUGUCGACGUUGUGGACGAGUCUGUAGUUCACAGCAGGUCUUUGCUGAUCUGAAGUUAUGUUUCAGGUAUGCAGCAUAAGUUUCACUACAUAAACUGCCAGGCAGAUGCAUUUUGCCUCAGGAUUCUGUUUUUGAUUUUGAGCGAGGUCUCACCACAGCGUGGCAGGAGGGAGGAAAACACCGCCAACUGCAUUUUUCCACUACUUUGUCAUAAUCGUUCAGCACGUAAUACAGUCAUCGUGUAUUUAUGAAAUCCUCAUUGGAACAUUCGCACUUUCUCCUUAUCGUGCAUAGUGUUCUUGAUAAAUCCUGUCAGUUUCAUCAACAUCAUGCCAGAACAAUUCAGCAUCGAAAGUGCCAGAUGCUGAAUUAACAUAACUGGAUAUCUUCGAAAUGCAAUAAUAAUCAUAUGACAGUUUAAGCGUGAUCAGUACGUGAAACGAAAUGUUUCUUGAAUAAUUUUGGGGUGUCAGUGCUUUUUAUCUUGCUGAAACCACAGACCAAAUAAUGAGUAGAUUAGCAUUCAUUAGCGCAACAUCCGCCUCCUUGAUAUUUACACACACACAUUUUCUGUUUGUUCUGCCAUCAGGACUUCAGCAGAUAACUUCUCAGAGCCUGACUUCUGGACUACAAUCAGGUUUUGCUUCAGUUAUCACAGUGAAUACUGUUUCUAUGGACACAUCCCUGAGACAUUCAGGAUGGUGGCACUUAAGGACAAAGACUUGUGCUACUCGAUGCAUGCAUAAGCGCUUCAUAACAGAUGACGACAAACUCACGUUAGCGCUUAUAUAAGCAACAAUUCUGUUGUGUAAAGUUGAAAUAACAUUUUAAAUUACACUGAAAUCAAUACAUUAAUUUGCUCACCUUUUAAGUGCAAUCCUGGGGUGGCAAGCUUUUGUACCUAGUGGUCAAAAAUGGGAACUGCAAAACAAGAAAUCGAUGCCCAUUGGUGCCCAUUCCUCACUCUAUGAACAUUUUCAGUGGAGGAGCAGCAGACAGGGUAGUUAACCACAGGGUUGCCAGGAUCAGGUUUUGUUUUUUUGUUUUUUUAAUUUUAUGAAAAUUGACCGCUAAGAUAUUUGACAACAAAUAAUCAGACAGUGUGUCUGUGAUGGACAGAGCCAUUUCUAUUUAAGCAAUAUUGGACAAGCAAAAGUGCAGUUACAGUGAGUAUCAGCAUGUCUGUGAUUACCUACAGCGAAUCACGGUCACUCUGAUAUUCAGUAUAAUCACACUCUUGAUUGUGUAAUAUUGCUUUUAUACAACAGUUCUAUAAACAAGAAAUUAAUAUUGAGUAAGUGACAUUUCGGACACAAUAUGGCCACAAAUGUUCUGUUUGUUUUUGCUCCUCUAGUGGAAAUAGAUCCCAAAGAACCCACGUUCACGUUAUUGCACAUCAGUGAACAAGGUCAAUUUGAUUUGUACAUGCUUCUGGUAGAUCUGUCGUCUUUUCUUCAUUGUCAUCUUUUCUUCCUUUUCAUCUUUUCCUUUUCAUCUGGUACACACAGUGAAAUGUCCAGUGUGGUUAUAGAAAAUAUAGAAAUUCUUGGAAUGCCACUUGACCAAUCAUAGUAGUGAGCCGGUACUACCUGUAGUAUAAUGUAAUAUAUAUUGCAAAAACUGGGUGAAAGAAAAGUGGAUCAGAGGAUGAGUGAAUAAUGGCCAUAUAUUAGAAAUGUGUGUGCACCACGGUGACCUUGUUUCUGAAGUAAAAAACCUGAGAAACAAAUAAGAAAACCGUGAAGAUGUAGUUGGGCUGGAAAGUUUCUGAAACAUUGCAACCCUGGUUAAUGGUGAUAGGAAACACACAUACUGUAUUGAACACAGUUCGAAGGUACAUCUAAAUCCACUAAAAAAUAAGCUGCUAGACCAUAUGCUGAAUGACUGAAUGACUGUCUGCUGCUUAUUACGCUGUUACGCUAAAAAUUCACUACACAGUAGCCUGUAUCUACUGUUUGAGCCUAUGUUGUUGCUAAUAUCGUCCUGCCCAACCAACAAAUAUGGCCAAGAGCCUCUGCUAACUUGACAUCAGAAUUAACAUUACAGUUGGAGUGUGCGGAAAUAAGCCUUCAAGAAUUUUAAACAGGCUUUUGUUAGAUGUCUUGAACUGUUUACAGAGGCGUUACGUAGCCUUAGAAUAAGUGCUACUUUAGCCAUGUGACUCCCAACUACUUUUACGUCUUUAUCUUUCCCCAAACUUUUUUAGUUCGGUUUGGGGUACAAGAAACAUUUACAGACAACUUUACUAAAUGAUUGUUAAAUGAUCAAUUUCCACAUUAAUCAUGUGCUAAUAAACAGAAAUAGUGGAAGAAACGAACAGGUACAUAGGUAACAUUAUAGAUUGGAUCUCAAGAGGUUAAGAAUAUGUACAGUAGAUUUUUUGAGCUUUAAACCCUCUGUUUGGCCACUGUACCAAAAAGUGGAGAAUUUUUGGAUCUGCAUGUACAUAUACAGUACAUGCUGCAUCUGCAAACAACAUCUUGGCCGAAAGCCUUUGAUUGUUAUUUCUGGCGAACAAGGGUGCAAUGUGAGCCCAACAUCCUGUAAGAGGACAAAAUAGGAAGAGAUAUGAAAAAGGAAGUAUGGACACCUGGGCCGUCUUUGAGAGCAAUAACCUCUGAGUUCAGGCCAACUGGGCUGCUCUGGCAAAAUGGCCUGCUGUGAAUGCAGCCACACAACGGCAUGCCUUCAACAUGGCCACAUGGUCACAUGAGAGAGGUCGUAGUGCCUGCCCUUGGAGGAAAGAGCCCGAUAGAAAUGCCUGAUUGAAGAUGGAGGAGGGGAGUCGGCUACAAGCACACAACUUGAAUGAAGCACAGUUGUAAUGACUGAGAAAAAGAAGCUUUUAUUCUAUCAAAUUGAGGCACGCGGAAUCCGCAUUUACAUUCGUAAAUGAGCUUUGAGUGUAAAAUAGGGAAAUCAAAAUAAGCCACAUUAUGAUCAUUGCAAACUCACGCAGGGCAAAUGAAAGAACCCGAUUUGCAUCUUGUGAUUAAAAGGUUGGAUCUUGUUUAAGCAUGGUUGACAUUCAGAGGUGAUACUUGCCUGCAUUUAUGAAAGAGAGCAAUUCUGGUUUAACAUUUGGUUGUUUACAGUUUGUCACAAUGCUAAUAGCUCUCAUUUGAGCACUCCAGUUGACUUGCACACAGCAUGUUUGCAUUUUUUGCGAUUACUUACUACUACAUUAACUCCUGUCAUUCAGACCAUGUUUCACUGGAACAACACCAAUAAAGACAAGUGCAAAAUUCCUUC